AUGCCAGCAACUGCCGAUGAUAUCAAAUAUUUAAAAGUAGCCAUUAGCGAAGCUCGUGUUGGUCUUAGCGAAGGAGGCGUGCCAAUAGGUGCUUGUGUGGUAGAUGGCAGUGGAAAGCUGCUCGGUGUAGGGCACAACAAGAGAGUGCAGGAGAAUUCUGCAAUCAAACACGGAGAGACAGACUGUAUGGAGAAUAUAGGGAGACUACCCGCAUCGGUGUACAAGACUUGUACCAUGUACACGACCUUGUCUCCAUGCGACAUGUGUAGCGGCACGAUCCUCCUGUACGGAAUACCACGAGUCGUGAUGGGAGAGAACCACACCUUCAAGGGGAAUGAGGAUUACCUGAGAUCAAGAGGCGUGGAAGUCAUCAACUUGGACGACGCAGAAUGCAAACAGAUCAUGGCCGAUUUCAUAAAGGAGAAGCCUGAGCUGUGGAAUGAAGACAUAGGAGUCGAGAAUCCUUGA